AUGGUAGCCUUGAAGAUCUUCAAUCUGCUGCUGGGGUCCCUGCUCCUGGCCGCGGCGUUAGCAGAGAAAGGGGAGGUUCACUCCAGAUUCCACACGAAGGUCACUGGCUCCCGACCUCGAGGCCCCAGGUACGCCGAGGGGACUUUCAUCAGUGACUACAGCAUCGCUAUGGACAAGAUCCGCCAGCAAGACUUCGUGAACUGGCUCCUGGCCCAGAAGGGGAAGAAGAAUGACUGGAAACACAACAUCACCCAGAGGGAGGCCGGGGCCCUAGAGCUGGCCCAUCAAUCUAACAGGAAGGAGGAGGCGAGGGAGCAGCAGGGCUCCCUGCCCAAGAACCCCAAUGAAGAAGAUCUGCUAAAGGAUUUACUGAUUCGAGAGCUGCUGGCAUGGAUGGUGGAUCAGAUGGAAAUCUGCAGGCUCAGGUUUCAGUGA